GAUCAAACCCAGGACCUCCCACAUGCUAGGGAAGUAGUACUUGGCCAUCUCUGUCAGUCCUGAGAUUAUCCUGGAACUGUUUGCUAACACCUUGCAGUUUCUGGAAUCUUCCGGAUGAACCCCACUUUGCAGUGUUGAGGGUAACUUCACGCCAUGGUGUUGAGUCUGAAUGGUGACUGGCUGGCUUUUCUGUGGGCAGCACAUGCAGUUCAAGGUCCAAAAGGACCAGCUGAUGACCAGCGAGGCAAGCUGGGACAGAGAUUGCUCCAUUUGCCCCCUGGGCAAGGAUUCAAUGUCUUCUUUCUGUCCUUUGACCUUUGAGGGCCAGUCACUUUCUCUUUGCCUGGGUUCUGGGUCUUGCUUAGGUCACAGCCCUUUUGCAUCUGUUUACAAGUUCUGGGGGAAGGAAGAGUCUGGCCAGAAGCGAUGUUUCCCAUUGCAGAUUCUUGUAGCCUUGGAUGGCCAGCUCAUGAAGAGCAAGUCCCGGGUGUGCACUGGACAGAUGGGUGGUUGGACAUGUGAUGACCUAUCCUCCAGUUUCCUGCACUGGGUUCCUCUGGUACUCAUCCUGUACCACAAGGGCAGUGUUUCUGAACAAUGGUGAAAGAUACUGAUUUUUUUGGUAGAUGGCGGUUGAGUUUCUGCAUGAACUGAAUGUUCCAUUUUUCAAAGUUGGAUCUGGCGACACUAACAAUUUUCCUUAUCUGGAGAAGACGGCCAAGAAAGGUCGUCCUAUGGUGAUCUCCAGUGGGAUGCAGUCAAUGGACACCAUGAAGCAGGUCUACCGGCUCGUGAAACCCCUCAACCCCAACUUCUGCUUCCUGCAGUGCACCAGCGCCUACCCGCUGCAGCCGGAGGACGCCAACCUGCGCGUCAUCUCGGAAUACCAGAAACUCUUUCCUGACAUUCCCAUAGGGUAUUCUGGCCAUGAGACAGGCAUCGCCAUAUCAGUGGCUGCGGUGGCUCUGGGGGCCAAGGUGUUGGAACGUCACAUAACUUUGGACAAAACUUGGAAGGGGAGCGACCACCUAGCCUCACUGGAGCCUGGAGAACUGGCAGAGCUGGUGCGCUCUGUGCGCCUGGUGGAGCGGGCAUUGGGCUCCCCAACCAAGCAGCUGCUGCCCUGUGAGAUGGCCUGUAAUGAGAAGCUGGGCAAGUCUGUGGUGGCCAAAGUGAGAAUCCCAGAAGGCACCGUCCUGACCCUGGACAUGCUCACUGUGAAGGUGGGGGAGCCCAAAGGCUAUCCUCCUGAAGACAUCUUCAACCUAGUGGGCAAGAAGGUGCUGGUCACUGUUGAAGAAGAUGAUACAAUCAUGGAAGACUCUGUGGAAAGUCACAGCAAGAAAAUCAAGUCUUAAAAUAAAGUGCCACGCCUUGCUUCUCA